AUGGAGGGCUCGGCAUGUCCGCACUUCACGCUUGGGCUGCCUGCCAUGCCGGACCACGGCGUAGACGAUUGCGAGCCGAACAAUGGCGUGCGUGGUGAAAGGAGGGAGGAAGAGGAAGAAGGAAGGGAAGAGACACGGGUGGGAGCGAGGGAUACGAGGUCGUACAAGACGUUGUCAGAGAGUACGAAAUUGAGAAUGCACGAGAUCAUCGAGUUCAUCAGGAGGAAAGCAGCAGGCGAGGACCAUGGAAGCUACUCGGAAGCCGUGUACGAGCCGGAAAGGUUGGAGCUGAAGCUGCCUCUGACUUGGAUGUGCGUGAAGAGAUUGUUUGGAUAUCUGGUCAGGAGGAGAGACCAUUCGUGUCCGAGAAAGAGGAGGAUACGUGAGGACGAAGAGACAGACAGCGACACCAGUGCUUCCAAUGAGUCUGAUGACAUGCACGAAGGUGAUAGAAAGAUUGCGGAAAAGAGGGUUUCGCGGUCAUUUGGGGUGCUAGAGGGGUACCGAGAUGCAUUGAAGGAGUAUUAUUGUUUGCACAACGUUCCUUUCACAGCCAUCGGCGUUGUCGAAGAGACUGGGAUGUCAUUAGAGGAGAAUCUAGAUGAGUUCAUCCAGAGUUCCUCCGUGCAUCUGAAGCAGGAGCCAUCCGAUGGAACCCGACAGCAAGACCAUGCAAUCAGCCCCAAACGAAAGAAUAUCAGCCAAGAAAACACACGAAUGCAGCAAGAGGCGCAGCAUUUGCAUUUGCGCAAGCAGCUUAAGAGAACCAUUUGUGAUGUUCCGAAGGCAGACGGGGGUUCUGUAUGGAGUCAAUUGGCAACGAAGGGAGAUAACCUAGACUCUCAAGAGGAACUCGAACAAGUAGACAUUGACAUGAUGGACAGCGUUGUUGAGCAGCUGCAAGUCUUGUUCGAUGCUCCGAGCAAAUCAAGGGAUGCAUGCAGCCAUGCUGAUAAGAGGAGGAGGUCAAAGGAAUCACUGGCUGCGGACGACGCCACUGCCGGAGAUGCCAUUUCGACAAAGGAACCUUUUGAAGUAGACGACCACCUUUCAAUGGUGGCCAAGAACUACAGGUUGCCCCACAAUGUCGAUUGCAGGGAUCUAUGGGAACUAUGGCACUUAGGAGAGCAGAGGAUUAUGAAUGGAGCUUGCAAGAAGAUUGGGCCUUUGAAACAUUUGUUGGCACAUGAGUAUUGCAGUGAUGCCCUGGGGAAAGAUCUGAAGAAGGCAAGGGAGGUCGUGGAGACCCUGGAGGAAACUGCAAGGACAUUGGGCGAUUUACAAGAUGGGGAAAGCAUCGACAUAGAAAACUACCACAGGGUCUUUGACCGAGCCUACAAGGCGCUGAUCAAGAGAUUCUAUGGAGAAAGAGCAUGGGAGCAGCAGGAGAAUAGUUAUUACUUCAUGUCUUACGUCACUGUGCACCAACAAAUCUGCAGCUUGAGAGCAGCUUGA